UAGAAAGUGUUCAGUCGAUUCCGAGUUGUUGCAACAACAUCAGCUCUGGAACGUCAUUUUCUAACAGUGAUCUAUUCAUUAAGCACGCACUUUCUAUCUGCGAUCCAAAAAAUGUCUCGUUGUCAAUGUCUGAGUGUGACUUUUGUGUUUCUUCCUUCUAUAGUGUUGCUGAACACAAUAGGUUGGACAAUGGUUCUUUUCUCCGCGCAAGUCAAAAGCGCUUACAUUUACGGAAAUGAUGCGAUAUCGAUACCGUCUGUCGCCAAGUUUUUCCCGCAAAUACAGUCCGACCUUUCACGUGUCAAGUGGGGACAUGGUGUCAACAGUAGGGGUCAGCUCUUCCAGUCACUACAAGGAAAUGACAUGAUGAUUGAAGCGGACGUUUCCAUGGGAACGAUAACCGGCCGCGAAGGAAAAUUUUUGCCUAUAAUGGCUCAUCCACCGUUCAAAACUUCGGACUUGAGCUUGGAAGAAUUUCUUGACAUUGCGCUGAGUAGCAGAUCACCUAAAGGAAUAAAACUUGAUUUUAAAGAAAUGGAGGCAGUCGAAGUGUCUCUUAUGAUAAUAAAAUCCCGUGCUAACAAGAUUCGUGUGCCUCUUUGGAUAAACGGAGACAUUAUUCAAGGACCAGUCAAUGCCACGACAAAACCACUUGAUGCUAGACGGUUCCUGAAUCUGACAAAAAGAUACUUCCCUGAUGCUGUUCUAUCCGUUGGAUGGACAACGAGGUAUGGCCCAGAUAUUAGUUCUUGGCCGUUGCAGAUCAUCAAUGAAGGUUCGUACACAAUGGACCAUAUGAUUCAACUGCGUGAUGCCCUCAAAGCGGCUCAGAUUCGGCAGCCAGUUACGUUUCCGAUUCGGGCUGGUUUAUCCACUACACCGGAAUCUCAGCGUAGCAUUUUGUGGUUACUCGAACAGCACUGGUGGCCAAAACUUUCAAAUGAAGAUCGGUAUAGAUCAGCCGAUGUCUGCCCUCCGUAUAAGUCACGGCGGAGGUAUACAUGUUGUGCCUAAAGUAUAAGAACAAACACGCAUAGUCUUGGGAUGUCUGCCAAAUCCAACUUUCUCUAAACGUGAUUCUGAAGUAAAUGAGCAAAAGAUGAAAGGGCUGAUACGCUAAGGAUAGCAUAUGGCCUUCCCUUCUGUUUCUAAUUUGAAUGAGAUCUGCAUAAAUGUCUUUUUCCCACUUUCUUAUUAACCAACAUUCUGUUUUGUUUCGCUGGCGCAUGUUAUAAUGAUUGUACAAAUAUUCGAACGAACUUCUUGUCAGUCUAAGAUUUUCAUUUUCAUUUAAGGAUCACCUCGUGGCAUUAUUUCCAUUUUAGUUA